CCGCCCCGAGGCCGAGGCAGGUCUCAAAACCAGCCUUUGCCGCCUCCGCCUCCUGAGGGCCUCCCUCCCCCCGGCCGGGCGGCCACCGCCACUCCCCUCACCAUGGUGCACACCGAAGGCAGCGCCCUGCUGAAGGCCGUCUGGCAAGGGAAAUUCCGGCUGACCCGCCUCUUGCUGGAAGGCGGGGCUUACAUCAACGAGGGCAACGCCCAGGGCGAGACCCCGCUCAUUGCCGCCUGCGUGGCCCCCUACGAGGACCCCCAGAACAAACCCCGCAUGGUGAGGUACCUGCUGGAGAACGGAGCCGACCCCAACAUUCCUGACAAGACGGGCAAGUCCGCCUUGAUGCACGCGUGCGCGGAAGGCGCUGGGGCCGAGGUGGCCACCGUCCUCCUCAACCACGGGGCCGACCCCAGUGCCAAAGAUUAUUCGGGCGCCUCAGCCUUGGUGUACGCCAUCAACAAAGGGGACCGGGCAACCUUGCAAGUGCUCCUGGACGCCUGCAAAGCCAAGGGCAAGGAGGUCAUCAUCAUCACCACCGACACCUCCCCUUCGGGGACCAAGAAGACCAAGCAGUACCUCAACUCCCCGCCUUCUCCUGGUGUGGAGGACAAGCAGCCGCCCGCCCUGUGCAUGUCUCCGUCGGACAUUGAGGUCCUCACGUCCCAGUCUCCCGGGAACAGCGAGAAGGAAGAGGAACGGGAUGUUUUCAACUUCAGCCUGGCCACCAGGCUCAGCUGCUCGCCCCACGCCAAGGGGAAGGAGAUGGAGGAGAAGGGACCCUCGGGGCUGCCCCCCAAAAGCCAUCCCAAGCAGCUGAAGAGACUGAAUUCUGAGCCGUGGGGUUUGGUCGCUCCCUCGGUCUUGGCCGCCUCCUAUCAGGAGAAAGCCAGGAGCCCAGAAGAUCGAGUAAGGAUUGAGAUGAACGGGUUGAGUAUCACUAAAAGGCCUCCGCUGUCUCGGCGACACAGCGUGGAAGGCCAGGAGUCUUCCUGCUUCAAGAUGGGGACCCAACAAGACGAGAUCUCGGGCUUAGAUUCCUCCUGGGCGGAGAAGGUCCAGUUGGGCCACCUCCACCAGACCCUCUCUCGACACAACACAGCCCCUGAAGCUCAAGAGGGUCUCCAAGCUCCUAGUUCCAGAAGUGUGGCGCAUCACAAGUUGACCUGCUCGGAACAUUUUGAGUCCGAUUCCCUCUGUCCCGAAUCCAUUCCAGGUUCUCCAGAGUCUGGCCGGGUUUCGCUGGAGAGGAGGAGGUACAACGCCUCCCCGUUGACCUUGCCCAACAGCUCCUCCCGGGAGAGUCUAGAGAGCAUCCCCAACGCCAUCUCUCCGAUUACCAUCCGGCGUAGAGCCCCGGGGCUCCUGGAACGAAGGGGCUCCGGGACGUUGCUCCUCGAUCACAUUGCUCACACCCGCCCGGGCUUCCUGCCUCCUCUGCACUUCAACCCUCACCCUCCCCUCCGCGACAUUCGACCCAAUGGGAAGCCCCCUUCUCCGGCCCACAAGGGGCUGAUCCCCAUAGCUCCCUCGUCCCCAAUGACCAAGCGUCUCAUCCGAAGACACUCCAUGCAGACAGAGCAGAUGAAACAGCUGGUCAGUUUCCAGAGCCUGAUUGCACAAGGGGACUCGGUGGCCACCUAAAACGGGCAGUCCCCGGAAACCAGAACCAACCCUAAUCUUUGUCUUUGGCCUGGUCAAAGUUUAGAGGGCCCAUCCUGUCUUCAUAGUUGGGUUUCCAUUGUCUUCCUCUCUUCUCUUGUUUGGUAUCCUACCUUGUAGUGGCCAUAUUUAGAAUCCUAAUCUAACUUGACUUUCUACGCCUAGAGUUGGAACCAGAAAAACCACCAUGAAGUGGUGAAGGAUCUUGAAAGGGCCGGACAAUUCACCAGUUGCUGUCCAGUGGCUACAACUCUUGAGGAAACUCACCUAUCUUUAGUCAGAUUUUGAGACAGGAAGAUCUCCGACGCAAUGUUGGCCAUGAAAAUAGGAGAUGGUUGAUAUCUAGACACUCUUUUCUGUGGUUUGGAUGCUGAGUUGGCUACGGUGGAUGCAGAAAAUACACAACUCUAGAGGAGGUUAUUCCUCAAGUGGAGGUCCAAGGAGAUUGGGACCUCUUGGACCACUGGAUGGACUUUUGAGAUGAGUGGCACAAGAUAGCUUCAUGCCUUGUGGAUCUAGGACUUCUUCAAGGCUCCGUCGGCCUCAGAAGGCAAAAUUCUUCUGCUUCUCCAUCAGGUCUGCUUUCCGAAAGAGAUCUGAGAAAAUUCGAGAACCAGAAAGUGACAGAGGUAAAGAUGUUCUACGCAUAGCAGCACCCAGGAAACCGACCCUCUCUCCCCUUCUCGUCCUCCAAGUCAAAUCUGGGGCCUUCUGCCUUUUUAGAUCCGUAGACCAGUGUUCCUCAACCUCAACGAGACGAAGCUGGUGGCAGGCAAGAAAGACCAAAUCCACCCAUGAAGUUUCAAUGAAGCUGCUUUAUUGCUAAAAGCCAAUGCGCAGGAAUCUUCUCAGCCCUCGGUUAGAGUUAGAUAAGGGCCAAUGGCCCUCAAGGGGAGGUUGGACUUAGUUCGCUUGUGGCUACACAGGGAUUCUAUGCUGCUGCCUCUUUUCAUUCUGACCCUGGGAUCUGCCACUCCUUCUCCUACAGGUGGAUUUCAACUCCCUGGGGAAUUCUGGGAGUUGAAGUCCAGCCAUCUGAAAGUUCCUGAGCUCGAGGGAGACUGCGAUAGAUUUACUGGCCUUUUUCACUGGUUCGUUGGGAUUUGUUCUCACUGAAGGAGUACUUGAACCAAAUAUUCUUGUCCUGGGCCACUGCUAUUUUUUUUUUUCCCCUCCUGGAUUUUGCUAGGGUUCCGUUUCUUCCGAAGGCUUUAUCUGACGAGAGUCACCACUCAGGGUUGGCGGUUCAAGCUAGAGAGAUAAAUAGAGAGAUAAAAAAAGUUUUGAGUGGCGAUCUUAAAAUGUUUCUGGAGAAGAAUUUGAGACUUUCGGGGGUUAUUUCUCACCCAGCAUGGAUUAUUUUUGGUCUUCCGGAUGCUUUUGAACUGAACUUUUGAGUCUAAAUUGUCACGGCAGCAGCAAGAACCUAGAGAUUUCGAUGAUGAGGUCAAAAUAUUUACAAAAAUGCUGUUUCCAGGAAUGGACGCUCAUUUCUCUGGGUUAAAAAAAACCAGACAGAAGUAUUCUCUUUAUUUAUAUCGACAGGAAGUAGGUCGAUUCCUGAAUUCAUUUCCCAGAACUGUGGUUGAGAACAGAUCCAAUGGGAUGGAUCUUAUCUUUUUUAUUUAUUUAUUUAUUUUCCACCUGGACUGUCGAGCGGGACUUCCUGGAUUGUUUUCAUCUCUCUUGGCUGUUGUCCCUACAAAGGGGGACCUUGGAAUUUCCAACUUGGCAACUUCUAAUCUUCGACCUUCCUGUUAAACGGAGGAUCUUCGGUUGCUUCCCAGAACUGUAUUUGAAUCUCAUCCCUUAUGCCAUCAAGAGAAUUCAUUGUGUUUUUUUUUUUCAAACAUGGUCCCUUUAAGAUGGGUGGACUUCAGCUCCCAGAAUUCCACAGCCGGCAUAAGGAGGCUGGUUGGAAAUCUGCUGGCUGUGGGAUUCUGGGAGAUGUAGUCCACCGCCGUCUUAAAGGGGCCAUGUUUGAAAGACAUGUUUGAAGGGGCCAUGUUUGAAAGCGUUGUGCAUUUCUAAAAUUUAGAAAUGGCCCAAAGGGAGGUUCCUCCUACUCAUCCAUGCCUGAAAAGAGGCUUGGUUGUCUUUGGUGCCCCCUGGCAACGUGGUGAGCUUGGACGUGGCCUGUUCCUUCCAAGGCAGGGGUCUCCAACCUUGGCAACUUGAAGACUUGUGGACUUCAACUUCCAGAACUCUGGGAGUUGAAGUCCACAAGUCUUCAAGUUGCCAAGGUUGGAGACCCCUGUUCCAAGCAAUAGAACUUGGAACCACCCUUAGAAGACCCCUGCCCAUCUUCUGUUCUUCCAUCUGAGCCCACUCCUGGGGUGCAGAAACAGCUGUAUUGAUGGGGGAAGGUGCUUGUUACCCAAGAUUUUAACCCUUCUUUGCCAAAAUUUGACACAAAUGAGCCCUUCCCGACACUCGGAUUUGGGAAUGGAUGGAGCCGUUUUGGGGCUACGUCCCGGUGACUGGCAGGAGGGACUACUCCUUGUUGGAGUUGCCAUUUUUAAGCAACAAAAUUUGGUGCAAUUGGCUUCCCACCCCCCACCCCAUCCAGUUGCCUUCUUAGACCCCCCAUCCCCCCCAUCCCAUAAAUUAUCGGUUGGCCCACUCUUGACUUAAUAGAAUACACCCCCCCUUGCUCUUAACAAUCAUCCGUUCUUUCGUAUUCCUGCACAAAUGUUGCACUUUGGGGCUGCAGUUUCUGCUUCUGCAGCACAGUACUUGGGACGGGUGCUCCUCGACUUACGACCACAAUGGGGACCAUCACCGCCAAGUGAGUUGCACCUAAUUUUACAACCUUUUUGCCCCCACCGUUAAAACAAAUCACGCAGCUGUUAAGCGAAUCUGUCUUCUUGCCCCAGACAGGUAGUCUUCGAUUUAUGACCACAAUCGGGAUUAAAACUUCCAUACCUGGGUGAUGCGGUCAUUAAGUGAGUCACACCCACAUUUAUGAUUUUGCCACCGUUGUUAAGCAAGUCCAGCUUCCCCCAUGAUAUUUGCAUGUCAGGAGACCCCUGGGAAGGCGGCAAAUGAUGUUCCCAAGACUCUGGGACACUGCAAUGAUCGUAAAUACAUCCUGGUUGUCAAAUGCCCAAAUUCUGAUCAUGUAAUCACAGGGAUUUUGUGACGAUCAUAAAUGCAAGGAUUGGUCACAUGACACUUUUACCAGGACCGUUGUAACUUCAAACAGUUGUUAAAUGAAUGUUCGUAAAGCGAGGACUACCUGUAUUCCAUUUUUGCCCAUACAGGUAGUCCUCGACAUACGACCACAAUUGAGCCCCAAAGUUCUGUUGUUAAGUGAGACAUUUGUUAAUGUCGGCUUUUGCUCUGACUUUUCUUGCCACUGUUGUUAAGUGAAUCACUACAGUUGAUAAGUGAGUAACCCGGUUGUUAAGUGAACCUGGCUUCCCCAUGGACUUUGCUUGUCAAAAGGUCGCAAAAGGGGAUCACGUGACCCUGUCAUAAAUAUGAAGCAGUGGCCAAGCGUCUGAAUUUUGAUCCCAUGACCAGGGGGAUGCUGCAAAGAUUGUAACUCUGAAAAACGGUCAUAAGUUAAAAUUUUUCAGUGCUGUCGUAACUUUGAACGGUCACUAAACAAACUGUCAUACGUCGAAGGACUACCUGUACACCCUUCCGAAAAAUGGCUGGCAAAUUUUAAGACAGGGUCCAGCUUUCCCAUGCCACAUCUGGAGGGAGAAAGUUACCAGCAAAUCUUACUUCCUUAAAAACCUUACCCUUUUCAAUUCUGUGUGGAUUACGGGGCUGGCGCUGCGUGGUCGUGGAGGAUAAAAUCUAGAUUAAAAAUCUAGAAUUAUAUUUAAAACCGCCAACUGCCAAGGUUGGUGAGCCUUCCGUGGCAUCAGGAUCUAGAAAUAAGCUCUGGGAAGGGAAUGUACGGUGUGUAUUUUCAACUACACAAUCUCCCUUUUCCGUUGUAUGCAGGCGUGGGAUUCAGCCGGUUCGUAUCGGUUCGUGUGAACCGGUAGUUGUGACCUGGGGGGUGGACCUGCCCCCGCCCCUCCGCCCCAGUGCUGUGCCAUCCCAUUUAGCUGCAUUUUUAAGCCGCAUGCAUGCAUGCAAGUGCACAUGCGAGCAAAGCACAAGGCAGAAGGUUUGCACGCAUGCACGCACGCUGACAUUUUCGGUGCUGGGGCGAACCAGUUGUUAAAUUACGUGGCGCCCACCUCUGGUUGUACGGUUCGCACCCGCUGCCAAUGUGUGGGUGAAGAGUUUCGCAUUUGGGGCUGCAGAAGUGUGAUGGGACGUUUGUUUCUACUCUGAGCCUCUCCAGAUGUUUCUUCCAGUCCUGCUGUAUUGACUCGGCAUCAACUGUCCGAGAGACAAUCCUCUAGGACCUAAAAAAGAUGCUUCCUUAAACAGCGGCCCUCUGAUUUUCUUUUGCACUUGUUUCUCCUCUUCCGGUUGUGGUUUAAGCACAAUGUUGCCCCUCGUGGCCAAACGCACAAUUUGUUGGGAGGGAUAUGUGACCUCUUCUGUGCCAAGUCCGAUACGGACCAAUAGAAGUAGAUAGAUAUUGAAAUAAUAUAUACAAAUGCUGAACAAAAGAA